GGUCACACUAUCAGACGAGCGCCGCUUAAACAUACAUAUUUCAACAAAAUUUCGUUGCGUAUCAAACACACCAUUAUACUUUGGAGACUACAGUUAGUUGCUGUCAGAAGAACACGAUCAACCACAUGGCAAUUAAACCUUUUAAUUUUUUAUGCAGACAAACAUACAAAUUGAAGAACCUUUUCGGUAAACAAGUACAUGCGUUGCUAUUCAACAGUUGUCCCGCCACUUCCACAAAACAGCGAUAAUGGCUCCGCGCCCAACAUUAGAGAAACGCCAAUUGGUCAUUACACAUUAUCAAAAUGGCUUCUCAUAUGGCAAGAUCGGAAAUAUGGUUAAUAUGGCGAGAUCGUCAGUGCAAUCAAUUGUUACACGUUUCGUCCGAGAGAACCGGGUGUGCUAUAAGUCCAGGAAGCCACAGAAUAAAAUUUUUACGCAACACGAAGAAACAUUGAUAGUUGUAAAAUAUCAUACCGUAUCCAGUUCAUUGAAGGAUCUAAUUGAAUAUGUGGAAAAAACAUUUAACAAAACGUGUAGUUUGAACACAAUUCGUCGAUUGCUCCGAGCGCGAGGUGUAUUUAAAAAUAACCUGGCGUUAUCAACCGAUGAGCAUAAUAAUAAUAACAAGGACUUCUCAACCAUAGAAAAUAACAAUAAUAACCAGGACUUCUCAACCAUAGAAAAUAACAAUAAUAACCAGGACUUCUCAACCAUAGAAAAUAACAAUAAUAACCAGGACUUUUCAAUCAUUGGAAAUAUACCGAGUCGGCUCUCGUUUGCUAAAUAUCAUUUGUCGAAAAACUCGGAUUUUUGGGACUCUGUAAUAUUUACAGGCGUAGCUUCGUUUAGUCCAGUGUACUCAAAAAUCGGACUUAAGGAACACCAUGAGAUGAAAAUGAAAUACAAAGGUGGAAAACUCGUCGUUUGGAGCUGUAUUUCCGCGGCUGGGAUAGGAAACUUGGUGUUUUUUGAUCGAAAAAUUACCAAAGAGAUGCAUCUUUCAAUACUGAAAGAAAAUGUUGUCCAGCAUGCCCAGAAAUUUGGCAUAACGAAAUUUCACUACUACCAAAAUAAUAAUAUCGAUCAUGAUGCAACUGUUCAGGACUGGACUAUUUGGAAGUGUCCACACGUUAUGAAACCACCUUCCUAUGACUUGGACAUUAAUAUAGUUGACAAUUUAUGGGAAAUUUUGGAUCAAAACAUGAUUAACCAUUCGGUAAUCGAUGAAAAUGACUUAAAAGCAGCACUCUCUCAGGAAUGGAACAAAAUAACGCCCGAAAUGGUAAACAGCUUGGUUAGGACCUUACCUAACAGACUUCAAUACAUAGUCGAUAUGGCGGGAUAA